ACUCUUAGAGUAAACACCUCUAAAAAAAUCAUUAACAAUGAACAACGUUAAUAUAAAUGUUCAGUGCGAGUGCUACCAUCGACGGGGACUCUUCUACUACGCCAAUCCUUUGGCCUGGGGACGUCCUUGCCGUCGCUGCCGCAGGAUGAUGUCCAGGGGCAUUGUGGUAAUGCCACAGGUGGCCAUGCCUGUACAGACCACGACUACUACAGUGACACCUGCCCAGUGUGCAACCAACUGGCAGAUGCAACAGCCGAUGCAACAACCUAUGCCAAUGCAGAUGCAGAUGCAGAUGCAGGAGCCUCAGCUGAUGUCAGCCUUGCCACCAAAGUACGACCAAGCUGUGGCAGCAAACUAAGUAAUCUUUGAGAUUAUCUAAGGAGUCGCAAAUAUUUUGUACAAUUUAUAGAAACCCAAAUAAAAACUCUCUUGGAAGAACAUUGCAAAAUC